AUGGUCGACAUGGGGGGCCUGGACAACCUGAUAGCCAACACGGCCUACCUGCAGGCCCGGAGCACGUCGGACGGUGACAGCCGCGAGGUGCAGCGGCGGCGCCGGAGCUUGGCGCUGCCCGGGCCUCAGGCCUGCGCAGAGCUCCGCCGCGAGCUGCCCGUGCACUUCCACAGCCUCUGCGAGCAGCAGCCCAUCGGUCGCCGCCUAUUCCGAGACUUCUUGGCCACGAUACCCACGUACCGGGAGGCCACCGCCUUCCUGGAGGAGGUGCAGAACUGGGAGCUAGCCGAGGAGGGGCCCACCAAGAGCAACCUGCUCCAGGGACUGGUUGGUAUCUGCGUCCAAAGCCUGGCCCCGGGGCAGCCGCAUGCCUUCCUCAGCCCGGCUCUGGCUGCCAAAUGCCAAGCUGCCACCACAGAAGAGGAACAGGCUGCCCUGGUGGCACAGGCACGCGCCGAGACUAUGAGCUUCUUGCAGGAGCAACCCUUCCGGGAGUUCCUGGGCAGUCCCUUCUAUGAGAAGUUUCUGCAGUGGAAACUCUUUGAGAUGCAGCCAGUGUCAGAAAAGUACUUCACCGAGUUCCGGGUGCUGGGCAAAGGCGGUUUCGGAGAGGUAUGUGCUGUCCAGGUGAAAAACACGGGGAAGAUGUACGCCUGUAAAAAACUGGACAAGAAGCGGCUGAAGAAGAAAAAUGGUGAGAAGAUGGCUCUCUUAGAAAAAGAAAUCUUGGAGAAAGUAAAUAGCCCUUUCAUCGUGUCCCUGGCCUAUGCCUUUGAGAGCAAGACCCAUCUCUGCCUGGUCAUGAGCCUGAUGAAUGGGGGAGACCUCAAGUUCCACAUCUACAACGUCGGCACCCGGGGUCUGGCCAUGGAUCGAGUGGUCUUCUACUCAGCCCAGAUGACCUGCGCAGUGCUACACCUCCACGCCCUGGGCAUCGUCUACCGGGACCUGAAGCCAGAGAAUGUGCUCCUAGAUGACCUUGGCAACUGCAGGCUGUCUGACCUGGGAUUGGCUGUGCAAAUCCAAGAUGACAAGCCCGUCACCCAGAGGGCUGGAACCAACGGGUACAUGGCUCCUGAAAUCCUAAUGGAAAAAGUGAGUUAUUCCUAUCCUGUGGACUGGUUUGCAAUGGGAUGCAGUAUUUAUGAAAUGGUUGCUGGACGAACACCGUUCAAAGAUUAUAAGGAAAAGAUUAGCAAGGAAGACAUAAGGCAAAGAACCCUGAAUGAAGAUGUCAUCUUCCAACAUGAUAACUUCACAGAGGAAGCAAAAGAUAUCUGCAGGCUCUUCCUGGCCAAGCAGCCAGAGCAACGCUUAGGAAGCAGGGAGAAGUCUGAUGACCCCAGGAAACACCCUUUCUUCCAAACCAUUAACUUUCCCCGCCUAGAGGCUGGUCUGGUUGAUCCCCCAUUUGUGCCAGACCCUUCGGUAGUUUAUGCCAAAGACAUUGACGAAAUUGAAGAUUUCUCUGAGGUUCGCGGGGUAGAAUUCGAUGACAAAGAUAAGAAGUUCUUCCAGCGAUUUGCAACGGGGGCUGUCCCCAUAGCAUGGCAGGAAGAAAUUAUAGAAACAGGGCUGUUUGAAGAACUGAACGACCCCAACAGGCCCACCAUGUAUGGGAAAGGUAACUCCUCCAGGUCUGGUGUGUGUUUGUUGCUGUGA